AUGUAUAAAGCUGUGAACUUUGAGGAUCCAUUAUCGGAAUUCGAGUUGGCUUUUUAUGAUUUUAUUCCAGAAGAACCAACAAAUAUUGCUGCUACCACCAAAGACAUAGCCGACAAGACGCCAAGCUUAUUUAUAAAUGCAAAUAAUGAUUUUGAUUUUGAUUUAAAUAAUUGGACAUCGGAAGAAUCAACAAAUACUUCACUUGUAAAUUCUCCAACAAAUAAUUUUAAACAAUUGAAUUCCAAAAACUCAUUAUUAGCUUCUCCAUUACAAGAUUAUCAUGAGAUAAAUCCAACCACGGUAAAUUCUCGGUUGUUUGACAAUCAUAAUGAAACUCAAGGAAAUAACGAUAUAUUCAUGUAUGAUUACACCACAAACAAACCAAAGAAAAAUAAGUACCGCGUUAACAAACCAUCUUCGAGUUCCCCUUUGUUGCGCCUCCCUUUGAAACCUUCGGUUACAAUAGCCAAUAUAGGUACUUUAAGUCGUUUAGAAGUUAAAUCGUGUAAAGCUGCCAUUCCAAAAACUAAUGUGGGAAAUCCAUUUUACAAAUCACCCAUGGAGACUAAAUCAAAAUCAAGCACAGAUACCUGCAACAACAACAAUAGUAAUAUCAACAAUAGUAAUAUCAACAAUUGCAAUGAUUGCGAUACCGAUGUGGAGAAUGAUUUUGAUAAUGAAGAUGAUCAAGUGAUUUAUGACUUGUUGGUUGAUGGAAAUAUACUGAAUAAAACGAACCAGUUGCCAAUAUUAGAGACCAAGUUUGUAACAUUUGAUGAUAAUUUAAUAUUUGAUGAUUUAUUAGACAAUCAACAAGAUAUACAUCCAUUUAUAAAAGAUAAUAUACCAUGGAGAGUAUAA